UGCAUAAUUAAUACAAUAAAUCUGAUCUAAUUUUUUCUCCCAAACAUUUAUAAUUAAAAUCAUAAAUGAUAUGUUAUUUUCGCGCAUCACAGGGAGUUAUCUGACUCGACUUCCUUCCAUGUGUUGGUAGUCUGUUGAAGUAUUCAAUCACAAUUCAUAAGCGAACCCCAAGGGUGAUUUGGGAAAUUCAUACUCCCUUUCGUUUAUUUAAAGCUGAGAAUCCACAAAAGAGGGAAGAACACCCAGAAAAACGGAGAGUUUGUUUUGAAUAAAAACAGAGCAUUUUGAACAACAACAACAACAACAAAAAUGGGCCAAGUGUCUCUAUACGUAGAGGAGUUCCAAUUCCAAACGUCCUACCAAGUCUCACGCUGUAGGAUCUGCCACGAAGACGAACUCGAAACUGCCCUCCAACUCGAAGCCCCCUGUUCCUGUUCUGGCACCAUUAAGUUCGCUCACAGAGAUUGUAUUCAGAGAUGGUGCACUGAAAAAGGCAGCACAGUCUGUGAAAUUUGUCUCCAGAAUUACGAACCAGGCUACACGUCACCUUCUAAGAAGCCUCAACGCGGCGAUCCAGGUGUCACUAUCAGGGAUAGUUUGCAAAUCCCUAGAAACGAGGAAGAAGAGGCGGCAGAGCCAGCGUCGCCACCCGCAGACGGCGGCGCGUCGGACUCCACUUGCUCCACCACCACUGACCGUGGUGCUUCCUGCUGUAAAUCCGUGGCUCUCACUUUUACUUUAAUGUUGUUGGCGAGACAUUUCUAUGAAGUAGUUACUAUUGACACUGCACAGUACCCAUUUACACUUGCCACUGUUCUGAUUUUAAGAGCUAGUGGGAUUAUUUUUCCUAUGUACGUGAUAAUUCGAACGAUUAGUGUCAUUCAAAACAGUGCUCGUCAGAAUCGGUAUCGGUAUCAGAACGAGGAGGAAUCUGAUGUUGACAGUGAUGACGAUGAUAUCUCGAGGUUUGAAGAGGAUGAUAGAAGGGUGCAUCAUAUUGUCUAAUACAGACACUCAUUAUUUGGUUAAGGAUCGUAGUCAAUUUUUGUA